CCGAAAUAAGCCCCCCUUCACCUUCUCUUCGCCUACCUCUCUCCCUCCCUCCCCUCUCGACUCUCGACGCCAAAACAGGAAAAAAAGAAAAGGAAAAAAACAAAAAAAAAGGAAAAGAAAUUCUCCUCUGGGGGAAAAAGUCGCGUGCCGUCUCGCCCACAGGCUAGUGAAUCGGUGAAGCAAGAUCGGGCGAGUGAUGCUAGGGGUGGCUUGGUGGUGAACAAAUUGGUGGGUUGGUCGCCGGCGGUUGGGGAAAGUUCAUCAUCCAUGCCCGCGAUGGGUGCAUGGCAGGGCUCUAUUAUCAUCCCUCGCACCACAUGUGAGCAUGGUGCUGAAUCAUGGAGCACGUCAGGAGGCAUACGCUGAUCAGGAAGCUCUUUCGGAUUAUCACAUGCCUUGGCUUGGAUUAAGCGCGAGUUUCCUUAGACGUGCCGGUCACAUCCGUGACCGUGGGUCGAUUGCGGCAAGAGGUUUCGUUGUGACCAUGGCAACUGGCAAGGGCAAUUGUUUGUGCGUAUGGCUGGAAUUGCUGCGAUUAAGUUUGACUGCGUGAAUUGUGUGUGCAGCUGGGUGAGGGGAUUCCAGAGGGUCAGGCCUAGGUUGCUUCAUCACCUGCAUAGGUUGCUUCACCUGAUUGCUGCCAGUUGUGUGCCUUGUGUUGGUGGUGCAUAAGCAAUCUUUACUUGCAGAGCAACCAAGAGGGCUGUGGCUUCACGCUGUGGUUGUGUGAGGCGGUUGAUUAACCAUGGGUGCAGAGCUAAAGUUGUUUAUAUAGGAUAUCCAAUAAGGAUGGGAUGGUGCUCAAGCACAAUUAGAUCAGCUAACACAGAAGACGCGGUUGAUUAACCAUGGGUGCAGAGCUUCAGUUGUUUAUAUAGGAUAUCCAAUAAGGAUGAGAUAGUGCUCAAGCACAAUUAGAUCAGCUAACACAGAAGACCUGUGGUGCGUGUUGCUGCCUAACAGUACCAUUGCUGCUCUGCAGCCUGUUGAUAGCAGCAAUGGCACAAGAGAGCUGGAAACAAGAGUCUGAGGAAACUGGAGUCCAUGCCCCUGAGGCCCCGAUUCUGUGCAUAAACAAUUGUGGUUUCUUCGGCAGCAGCAUGACAAACAAUAUGUGCUCGAAGUGCUAUAGGGACUUCAUCAAGUUGAUGGAAACCCCUGUGGUGGAGAAGAAGGUUAUAGCAGGGGCAUCAUCCUCUGCAGUGCUGCCACUAGAGGCAGCAAAGCGAGACGCAUUGCCCACCGCUGCUGCUGCUGCUGCUGCUGAAGCAGCCGCAGCUGUAGACGACAAGCAAGCAGCACAGGAGGAGCCCCCAAAGCCGCCGAGCAACCGGUGCCUGACGUGCCGCAAGAAGGUGGGGCUGACUGGGUUCCAGUGCCGCUGCGGUGGAACCUUCUGCUCCAUGCACCGCUACACGGACUCCCACCAGUGCACCUUCGACUACAAGACAGCGGCCAGGGAGCAGAUCGCCAAGCAGAACCCUGUCGUGAUGGCCGAGAAGAUCAACAAGAUCUGACUGAUGAGCGGUCAUUCAUCGUCGAAGGAUGGAUCUCUGGAUUCGUUCGUGUCCCGUGCCUGGGUUCAGUCAAGUGUUCGCUCGGAUCGAUAGGUUCCUUCAGGUCGUCAGUCAGGUGGGGAGGUCUGGGUUAGUAGUGUGUUAGUUGGGGGGUGGGGUGGGGUCUCUCAAUUGUGUCUAUCCUUCUCCUUUUUAUCAUGGUUUCAUUCUCUCGAUUGUGUAAUAAUGUAAAUAUAUGCCCUAUUCAAACUGUAAUUUAAUCCUAUUGCUUCCUAAUUACUAUUACCGAUUGCUGGUUUAUUUU